AUGCCGGACAAUUCGCCCAGCGUCAAGGUGAGCGCUGUCCGUGACACCUAUGGGGCUGAGGUCCGCUUUUGCAAGCCCACGCAAGAGGCAAGAGAGGCCAUGUCUGCGGCCGUGGUCGCAGAGCUGAGGGCCAAGCACGGGGAAGAGCGGGCGGAGGAGAUCCACCCAAACCAGGACGUGCGGGUAGUGAACGGCCAGGGCUCCGUGGCCAUGGAGCUGCUGGAGCAGCAGCCGGACCUGGACGCCCUCGUGGUUUCGAUUGGCGGCGGCGGCUUGAUCGGCGGGGUUGCCACUUACGCGAAGUCGGUGAACAGCAAGAUCAAAAUCAUAGGUGCGGAGCCUGAAUGUGCGAAGAGCGCAUUCAUGUCGAAGAAGGCAGGUCAUUUGGUUACAAACCCGCCCAACGCGGUCAUCGACACCAUUGCCGAUUCUGUGAAGAGCAGCCUGGGUCCGACCACGUAUCCUUUGGUGCGGGACCUGGUGGACGAUGUCUUCACCGCCUCAGAGCAGGAGAUCGAAGAUGCCACAAAGUUCAUGAUGGAAAGGGCCAAGCAGGUGGUCGAGCCCGGCUGCGGCCUGGCUGUGGCCGUGGCCACCUCCGGCCAGCUCUACCAGAGAUACCCAGACCUGCGGAAGGUGGGUGUGGUGCUUUGUGGUGGUAACGUCGACUUGGAGAAUUUGCCCUGGUGCCGCAAAAGGAAAGCGGACGCGACGGCUCAGCCGCCAGGCAAAGCCACAAAAGUGUGA